AUGGGCCACAGCGCCUUCGUCCGCGGGGUCUUCACCCACCUGGUGCUGCCACACCUGCAGCGGGUGCUCUACGUCGACAUCGGGGACGUGCUGGUGUUCGGGGACGUCGCCGAGCUGUGGGGCCUCUUCGACCGCUUCGAUGAGCACCAGCUCGUCGGGAUUGCGGACGAGAAUGGCGUCGGCUUUCUACACGGGGAGCGCUAUGGAAGCCAGAAGAAAAGGCGGGGACGUGCCCGACCUAACAAUACGGGGAUCCUGCUUCUGGAUCUGGAGAGGCAGCGCCAGGCGAGGUUCGAGGAGGAGGCCGUAAGGGUCUCCUGGUCGCAGGAGAACGCCUGCCAUCAGGCCGACAUGUCGCUGCUCGGCUGGAUUCUGAUCCAACUGGGGGAACAAACAAUGCAGCCGCAGUGGAGGUUCGAGCUGUCGAGCCUGUGGCACUACAUGCCCUCCACGGAGUGGCAGACCGCCGACUUCGACAGCAGCUACGUCAACAGGUCCUGGCCCGCGGAGCUCGUCCGCUUCCGGCUCUUCCCUGGGCUUCGCGGCCCCGCGGACGUGGAGCACCCCUGCGCCCAGUGGUACGAGCUGGCCGGGGACAUGCUCCGGGGCAUGAUGCACGCGCAGAUCACGGCAAGUCCCACCUGA